GGCUGUUUCCUCAAGUGCUCAGCGUCAGUACCAUUUUGUUUAUGAGCAGAAGAACUGGACUGAAGCACAGCAUCACUGCAGACAGUAUUACACAGACCUGGCUGCAAUAGAAAGCAUGGAGGAUGUGAAGACUCUGAACAACAUGGCAGACUUGGAAAAAAUGAAAUACUCAGAAUACAGCAAUCGAGCCUGGAUCGGCUUGUACAACGACGUGAACAGCUGGAGGUGGUCGAUGGACGACACAGGUUUCUAUAAAGAUGACGAACCUGAGUUCAGAAAUUGGUCACCUGGAGAACCAAAUAACGAUAAAGGCAUUGAAUGUUGUGCAGAGAUGUUUGACAGCGGAGUAUGGAAUGACAGAGACUGUGAUGCCGUCUCUAAUGUAGUCUGUAUUUACAUCACAGAGUCAGAUGUGACAUUUGUCUUCAUCAAAAACAUGAUGACAUGGACGGACGCCCAGCGCUUCUGCAGAGCUAAUUACACAGACCUGGCCAGUGUGAGAAACAUGUCAGAGAACCAGAAGAUAAAGGAGCUGAUACCCACAGGAAAAAAAGCCUGGAUCGGCCUUUUCAGAGACUCCUGGAAGUGGACAGACGGAUCCAACUCCUCGUUUAGAUACUGGAAAACAAAAGAACCAAACAACAAUUUUCUCAAGGAGAUGUGUGUGUCAGCAUACUUUGAAAUGGAAGGAAAAUGGGAAGACUGGAACUGUGAUUAUAAGAGAGCAUUUGUUUGCUACAGCGAAGUACGUGCUCGCAGCAAGCAUGUAGUGAGACUGGGGCUGGUGAAAAACUCCAGUGUGGACCUGAAUGACCCUGCUGUGAUCGAAGACGUGCUGAAACAGCUUAAACAGAAGCUGAAGGACCAGGGAGUAAAUGCAGACAUCAGCCUGAGCUGGAGGACGCAGCCAGGUGGGGAGGUUUUCCACAAGGAUGAGAAGCAAACAAAGAAGGAAGCUCGAAAAGUCAAGAGCCUGUGUGCCGUCGCCUCAGAUGUUAAACAUCACUACCAGUUUGUUUAUGAGCUGAAGAACUGGACUGAAGCGCUGAGUUACUGCAGAGACAAAUACACAGACCUGGCUACUAUAGAAGAUAUGGAGGAUGUGCAGAUGCUGAACAGCACAGUAGAUUUAAGCAAAAUGACCACCAUGGAAUACGGCAAUAUUCAACAGAAGCUGAAGGAGCAGGGAGUACAGGGAGACGUCAAACUGAGCUGGAGGAAGCAGUCAGAUGGAUCGGUCUUCCUCAAGGACGAGGAAACGAAGAAGAAGAGCAUCGUCUGA